AUGGAUGAAAAUCAAGACCCAAUUUAUUCAUUGGCUUUGAAUUGCUCGAGAAGGCGACUACCUUCGAACCUGUUCGUGAACUUUUAUAAUGAGCUCGUCAAUGAAAAGUAUGGGUCCAUGAUCAAUAGUGGAGAGGAAACAGAUGCUGACAUAAAACAGACUAAUGUUUGCGAGAAAAUAUCGUCAAGCCUCCUGCGACUGCUGGAUGCAGAGAAGCACUUUUUGAUCGUUGAUUAUGUUGUGGAGGUUCUUUUCAUCAACUAUAAUAAAGAGCUUGUUAAGGAGCUACUGCCUCAGCUUUACUCCAUUAAGGAUAGCUCGCAGCUUGUUCUUUUCCUUUCUAAAGCUAGCGCCUUUUUUUUGCGACUUACAGAUAAACUUGUAAUUGACCAAAUAUGCGGCGACUUGGGCAACGUAAUUGUGCCCUCAAUUUUAUCCUCUAGCUUCAAUACACAGGGUGAGGAGCUGAUAGUGGCGAUUGCCAAAUUCCUACGGAACGUUUUAAGCCUUUCAAGCAACCCCAUUGCUAUUUCAGAUCCUAAAGUCGGAGACAGGGUUCGGGAAUUACUGAACUGUCUCAGCAAGAUAAACCGAUUGUUGUAUAAAAAGGUUGCGGGCGACUUCGAUUCACUACUAAGGCUUGGGGGCUCUGCGCCGCCUACUGCUAGGGAAGAACGGCAUGGAGUGAGCUCGCCAUCCAUUAUAUCCCCUAGGUAUCUUGAAAGUCCUAUCAAUGUUACAAAACAGCCUCAAUCCCUUAUCCCUAGUUCAGUAAAUCAUCAAACUGUUAAACUGGCUAGGUACUGUAAAAAUCUAUGGCUAAACAGCAGGAUAAUGGGCUGGCGUACAAAUGACGUGGCAUUUGUUACAAAAUAUUCUAAAAUUGAAGCAGAGAUUAUGAAGAAAACUUCACCUUCACAACUAAACGUCGAAGCAGCAAUGAAAGAUCUCAUUGAAACAGCAUUCACCUCGUUUGCUCAGUUCGUUAGCAACAAGCAGUAUCAUCAAGCUAAUUCUGCUUUCAACCUUUUAGAACGACAGUGGAAUAUUUUCAUAACCAAACAACUUCCACUUCACAUAAUGGAGAACGCAUCUGAUAUGCCACACAUAGUCAUUAAUGCGCUCGAAAAUAUUGACCACAAGGUUGUUAAAGCGUUGAAAUCAUACGCCUCUGAUAAAGAUGAUGCCAAGAAUAGAGGAGAAGACCUUUUCGAUGAUUUGCCUAACAAAAACACAGACAUUAGGCACGAUUUUUUGAAAAGCCUUAUCAUGAUAGGACUGCAGCCAGCUGCUGUUUUGAAUGACUUUCUGAGAGAAGAUCAGGUAGUGGACACCAAAUCGCUUCCCACUAAUGAUACUGUAGUCAUCAAGAAUGCGCAAGGUGUCAAAGAAACGGUUGACAACUUCUCUCAGUUCAUAAAAGACACAAUAGAAGACCUCGACGCGGAGUCCAUGUUUGAAGCAACAGAUGGUUCAUUAGGGAACGCAGACAAUGGGAUUAUGCAAAUUUUACGCAAGUUCGAGACGCUGGCUGCCACUAAGCAAAAGGACCUCGCCAAUGUUUUCUAUGAUCUUUUCCGCGAAUCAGUUAGCUCGUUUGACUGCAAAACUUUCUCCAAGACGUGCUGUUUAAUGUGUUUUAACAUGUCACAUUCUUUAACCACAAUGUUUGCGUUCGUUAAUCCACAAAAGUUCCUAGCUGUUGCCAUUGAGUUUGUUGAUCAAAUAUGGGAAAGCAGCGUCAGGAAGGCAAGUGCUGGUUUGAAUGAUGAAUCUGACUUCGAGCCUAACACUGAAUUCGUAUGCUUUACUUAUGCAUUAAUAUUCAUCGUACAAGUGGUAGGAACCUACAACGUUUCGUUGAUUGAGGCCUUAUCGACUUCGAGCUCGGACCCACAGAGCUCUUUUAUCGUCAACUAUAUCACGAAAUUAGGAGAUAUUGCACCUGCUUUGAAACUAAACUCCACUCUUGACUCCUCAGAAGUCUUGAAAAGUUGGGUUAGAGAUUUGUUUAUCAAUGGUUCAAUUUCUGAUUCUUUGAUGAAAAGCGCUAACGUCAAAGACUUGGCGGUCCUUAUCCCCUUUAUUUUUAAAGAAAGCCUUUCAGCUGUUGAAUCAGGGUCAAUACGAGACAUUUCGGCCCUAGUUGGAGGCUUUGAGUAUUUCCUCCAGCCGUUUUUGAUUGUUGGUCUUAUAGGUAUCGUUUUCUGGACAGAACAGUACCUGACCACGCUACGAAGCAAGGAUCUCGCUAAAGAUCUAUUAGAGUCAAUAUUUGAUAUGCUGAACUCUGUACUGAAUCCUUCCACUUUAAAUGAUGAGUCGAGACCACUUCAUACCCUUAUAUUGAGGUUGAACACUGUUCAGUUGUUGAAAGCCACGAGGGCUUUCCAGACGCAGACUCAAUCUAGCUAUGGAACUUAUUCUUCCGAUUCUGAGGGAAGCACUAAAGUCGAUUCUUUAAUAUCACACCUAGAGCAAGUGGCUCGCUCUAGUAUCCUAUACAACGUUGAUUCGAGUGUGAUAAACUCUGAGAUUGGUUAUCAGAGAAAAGACAUUAACUACACUCCCUUCGCAAUCACGGCUGACAACUCGAUAAACAGCAUUUUGACGAAUCAGGUCAAUUCUUUCUGGAACUUGCAUAGUAGCACCUACUACAACAUUGACUAUCUUUUUGCAUUAAUAGACAUUAUCACACCACAGAGGUUCUUGGAGGACAUGUUGGUCGUUCUUCAACAUAAAACUACAGAUGCUGCUCUCCCUAAUUCUAGAACCAAGGGCUCUGAUGGGGAAAACCUCUUCUAUCUCGACUAUUUUUUUUACUUCUUGGUCAGCCAUGAUGUUAUGAAGGCAGAAAAUAAGACAGACAUUCUUCAGUACAUGAGCUCGACAGCAGAGAGUGAUUUAAUUUUUCGAAAACCAGCUCAUGAAUUUCAACCUUCGGCUAAGGUGGAACAGCCUUCUGACGAGGAUUUCGAUAUGCUCUUUGGUGAGGACACAAGUAUACCCGGAAAUGAAAGCGAAGCUAAUAUUAAUGAAAUUAAGGCGGAUGAGAUCUCGCCAAUAAAUCCUGAAUUUCUGAGGUGCUCAUUUGCAGCGGUGUUGCACUGUUCGCUACUAGCGAACAAAGCUGCACUGGAGUCGGGGCAUACCAGUGAGGUUGCAGUCGAUCAACUGACUCAGUUACAUGAUAAAUAUAUUGAGAUUUUGAAAUCGAGCACAGUUUGA